CAAAAUCCAUCAAUAACAUACAUUAUCCUUAAUCACAAUGGGCGACGCCACCCAAGUCCAACCUCAAACUACCUUUCCCAACCACCAUCGCCCCUACUACUCUUAUAUGGUCCAAACUAUCGAAACAAGGGGCAGUUACUGCUGCUGGCUCGUCACAGCGGCCACUCGUGACGACAUGAUAUACUUCUUCAAGGGGUUUAUAAAAUACUCCAAGACGAGUAACGUGGGUAUUACCAACUUGAGACCAAUCCACCUGGCGUGGUGGACGUUCGAUGCUCCGGAAAGACAGAAUAUCUGGAAUCUGGUGCAACGAAUCUAUCGAACGACUUUCUCUCCGCAUGUGGAAGAGUUGACGCAGAGUCGGGGAAAGAUUACGAUUAGGUUGUUGGAUGAUAGUAGUUGGUUGAUCUUGCCGUGUCAGGAUGUUUCGCUGGGGGGCCAUUUUGAUUGAUUGAAUGGGUG